AUGUUCAAUUUACAGGGGAGAUUCUGCCAAAUUUUCGGCAGAAAGUCUCGUGUCUUGAUUCCUUCCUUGAAAAAGGAGGUUAUGGUUUUAGUGAGUGGGCUCGACAUCGGUGUGAUGUCGGGCAUUUCCACAGGAUUCGUCCCGAGUUUUGAGAAAUUCGGGGCCGGUCCUGUCAUAAGGAGGUGGUCAGGGAUGGGGUGGGGCUGCUGA